AAUCAUUUUCUCGUAUUUCAAAAGUGAGAAAAAUAUUUGAGGAUUAGUCGAACCGAGAAAUCUCAGACCAAGGAAGAUAACAGGAGUCACUUCACUUAUAUCGGGAUAAAAAUUUCUUCAUUUACCGAACAAAGGGUGUGCGCGAUUUUCAGAGCGUCGUGUUAAGUCGGCAAUAAUUGGUUACCUAAUUAACGAAUUAAUUAUCUGUGAAAAGGAAAAGAGAGAUAGUACUCGUUGCUCGUGGGACGUUGGUAAUAGGAGACUGAGCUAACACCCGCGCAUUGAGUCAAUAUUUGACCCGUGGGAUCCACGACCGUUGUCGAACAUCGUCGAGCCGCGAUGACGAAAGAAUAUUUAUGAAAAUGUGCGUUCUUGUUCAAACAAGAACACACGUGCGCACGUAAACGCUUGCGUAUACAAUGUGUUAUUGCACGGAGGAACGCAAGAGAUAUCCAACGAAAGUAGUCGCUUCGGAUUCUCCGACGCCGAUGGACGUGUGAUUCCGCGUAAGAUUUGAGAAGAAUUUGUAAUAUCAGCUGUAAUAAAAUGUGGACAGUGUUGAAUAAUUCAGUCAAUUAUCGAUAAGCGUUAAUUAGCAUAGUAUAUGGGACUGAUGGCUGAUCUUUAAUCUGGCAGUGAAGGUACUACUGGGUACUAUUGCGAAAACAAAAUACAGAAGGUAAACUCAUUCCACACGUCAUAUACAAAGCUAUAAUCACAUUAAAAUAUGAAUAGAGGAAGAAUUUCUUUUCAUGGAGAUGAAUAAGAUGGAUGCUGUGCCAAGUUGCUUCUUCUGACUAUCAACAACAUUUUUCAACGACGAGCAAGUGGACGGAGAAUUCUUUCUUAUUGACAAUCUGGAGGCGCGAAUUAAGGAGCAACUAUGAAUUCGAAGCAAGCGGAAACGUGGCUGGCGAUAUUGUACACCGCAUCCAUGGUGUUCUCCGUCACGUCUGUCGUAUCGCUGGUGGUCACAUGGCAGAAUUGGCUAUUGACGCUAGACGGUUGCAUCGAUGUCAAUUGCGGCUGCAUACUCUACGGCAUCAAUACAUUUCGCACGUUCCUCGGCGGCGACGAGAAGCUGUGCCACUUCGCCGCGUACGGUCUCGUACCGGUCAUCGUGAUCACCCUGUGUCUAAGCGCCUAUCACGGAUACAGGUGUUGCAUACAUAAAAAUCUGGAUGAUCCUAAGCGAAUUAACCGCGGACGAGUGUACGAUGACGACAGAAGAAACCUUAACGGACACGUCGUAGUGGUUACAAAAAAAAGAGUUGCCUUUAAAUGGUGGAUGCCUAUCGGUUUCCUCGCAGCGUUCGUCUGCUGCCUGUCGCUCGCCCAUGCGGUCGUGAUAACUGACGGCUACUACAAAACUUGCGAACAAUACAGACGAAAUCUCAUUCAACUCUUGGGUUCAGGAGGCCGGGAAAUUCAAGCAAUCCAUAACAGGCUUCCGUGCGGUGCGAUUUUCGAUUUCAUGGAUUAUGUUCAGCCAGAUAGGAAUCACUGGAGUCGCAGCGAGAUGAAUACCGCGAUCGCGCUUCAGCUCGCAAUAUGCACGAGCUGGUUCAAUUUCUUCGCUUGGCUGACCGCGUGCUCGAUAAACUUCAUCAUGGCGAGGAAGAGGCAGCGCAAUUUAGGAGAAAAACUCUGCUGUUGCUGAUUCCGAGUGACAUCCUCGGUAAAAUGA